AUGGAAGAGGAUGAGCGCAAACGAGUUGAGGAGGAGGAGGCUGAGUUACGUCGGCAACAGGAGGAAGAGAAAGCUCGGGUGGAGAGGGAGGAGCAGUGGAGGAGACGAAGGGAAGAAGCUCAGAAGCGCCAGGAUGAAUCGAAGAGGCGUGAGGAGGAAGAGGCAAGGCAGAGGCAGGUUGAAGCGGCUCGGAAGGCUGAAGAGGACCGUCGGAGGCAAGCGGUCGAGGAGGCGGUGAGGAAGGAAAAGGAGGAAAUGCAACGAAAGAGGGAGGAAGAGGAAAAGGAGAGGGAGGGAGCGUUAAGGAAAGAGCGUGAAGAAGAGUUGAGGAAACUUAAGGAAGCUCAAGAGGCGGCUAGGCAAUCACAGUUGGAGGCUGAGCGGUUGAGGAAGGAGAAUGAAGAGCGGGAGGCGCAGGCGGUUAAGGAGGCGGAGUCGGGGAAGGAACAGGAAGUUGAACGUAGAGAGGCGGCGCUUGCAGCGAUGCAGGCUGUGAUGGAAGCUCGAGAGAAGGAGUUCCAAGAGAAGAUGAAGGUGAUGCAGGAGAGGCUACAGCAGUUGGAGGCUAACAAG